AUGUUAUCACCUCCCCCCUCCCCCCUCCCCCCUGACUCCCCACUGGCAUUAAAGGUCUUUGAAGAGGAUGUGUGCCAGCUCUUUCAGGGACAAAAGACAAGGAAAGCAUCAGGCCCAGACGGGGUGUCACCCUCCUGUCUGAAAGCCUGUGCAGAUCAGCUGGCCCCCAACUUCACACGGAUCUUCAACAGAUCUCUGGAGCUGUGUGAAGUCCCUUCCUGCUUCAAACGCUCCACCAUCAUCCCAGUCCCUAAGAAACAUUGCAUCACUGGACUGAAUGACUACAGGCCCGUCGCCCUGAUGUCUGUGGUCAUGAAAUCCUUUGAAAGACUGGUGUUGACUCAUCUGAAGGGCAUCACAGGCCCCCUGCUGGACCACUUGCAGUUUGCUUACCGGGGCAACAGGUCAGUGGAGGAUGCUGUCAAAAUGGGGCUGCACUUCAUCCUGCAACACCUCGACUCCCCAGGGACCUAUGCAAGGAUGCUGUUUGUGGACUUCAGCUCGGCGUUUAACACCAUCAUCCCAGAAGUCCUCCUCACCAAACUCAUCCAGCUCACUGUGCCUGUCUCCACCCGUCAGUGGAUCAAAAACUUCCUGACAGACAGGAAGCAGCAGGUGAGGCUGGGUAAAACAACAUCCAGCACCCGGUCAGUCAGUACUGAUGCACCUCAGGGAUGCGUGCUCUCCCCACUGCUCUUCUCUCUCUACACAAGCGACUGCACCUCAGGAGAACCAUCUGUUAAAAUCCUUAAAUUUGCAGACGACACUUCAGUCAUCGGCCUCAUCAGGGAUAAUGAUGAGUCUGCAUACAGGCAGGAAGUUGAACAACUGGCCCUGUGGUGCGGUCGAAACAACCUAGAGCUGAACACGCUCAAAACCGUGGAGAUGACAGUGGACUUCAGGAGGAGCCCCCCAGCACUGCACCCCAUCACCAUACUCAACAGUACUGUGUUGGCUGUGGAAUCGUUCAGGUUUCUGGGAUCCACAAUCUCCCGGGACCUCCAGUGGGAACCCAAAAUAAAUAAAAUCAUCAAGAAGGCCCAGCAGAGGUUGUACAACCUGCCUCAGGAGCUGCUGAUCCUGUUUUAUACUGCUGUCAUCGAGUCUGUUCUCUGCACAUCAAUAACUGUCUGGUUUGGAUCGGCCACCGAAUUGGAUAAGAACAGAAUCUCACGUACAGUCAGGUCUGCAGGAAAGAUCAUCGGUGCCAACCUGCCCACCAUCCAGGACCUGUACACCUCCAGAGUCAGGAAACGGGCAGGAAAGAUCACGGCAGAUCCAUCUCACCCUGUCACUUCCUCAGACCUGAAAACUUACAGUGUCAGCAACAUCUGGAGGAAAUCCAUUUCUGACAACUGGGACCAACCAAACAACUUGGAGGAUUCAGCUGCAUGGACGACCAGCAAUACUCCACAACCCUGGAAAACAAAAUAUAAGGGACGGGCCAAUCUGCACACGUUUGAGGACUGGUGCGGCAAAUCUAUAGCUGAGCUCCGCAAGAACCCGCACUACCCGCUGUAUCCUCACUCCAGAAGUACAGUACUGAAGCUGGCCGUCAUUCCUAAGUGGACUAACUAUGGACUCAGGAUAUUUGGCUAUCUGCAUCCAUAUACUGACGGAGAGUUUGUUUUUGCUUUGAGCUCUCAAGACAACUCUGAGUUGUGGCUAAGCACAGACGACUCCCCCCUCAAUUUGGAGCUACUGGGAUGGGUUGGAAAGACUGGCACAGAGUGGACCGCCCCUGGCGAGUUUGAGAAAUAUGUUAGUCAGAUAUCCAGACCAGUGAGGCUUUCUGCAGAGAGGAAGUACUUUUUUGAACUUCUCCACCAGCCGGACCAUGAAGGGACAGACCAUGUGGAGGUGGCUUGGCAGCUCCAGGGUGAAGGCUCCAGAUUCACGGUUAUUGAAUCCAAGCACAUCUCUCUCUAUGUUGAUGAGUCUGCUAUGGUAGCGGGUGAUGUUGAACACAUACCCCAGACGGCUGCAAGCCACUCCAACACGAAACAAAGCAGCUCUACAGUUGACAUGCUGAGGGAAGACCCACGAGACGUUCUCUUCCAUGUGCCUCUGAUAAACAGCAAGUUCCUACAAGAUGUUUUGCCCGACUGCGAGUACAAACCCAGCUACACAUACAAAGAUUCUCAUCUGGGCCGCUAUCAAGGACUAAAUUAUGUCAAAUCGUCCUUCAUCUACCCUAAUGACCAUACCCGACUCACACAAAUGGAGUCCGAGAAAAGCUGCUUCUACCAAGCCAACAUCUUGGAAAACUCCUACAUGAAUCUAGACAGUCCUGACCUGCACACAGACAGAAAUCAGAGCCUGAUGGGGGAGAAAUCGGGAGACUACUAUGAAACAGAUGAUGAGACUUUUGCUGAGAAAUUCCGGCAGGUAAAGAAUGAUGUCAACCAGCACUGGAGGCAGACCUUCCAGAUCAACAACGUGGACUAUCGGGCACAUAAUUCAGAUGCAAUGGAAAUGAGUUGCAAUAUUGCUGGCAGUCUGCUUAUCAACUCCAAUGAUGUUCUGCCAGUGGUCAAGGAUUUCAUGGACAAACUCAACAAAGAACAUGAAGGGCAGUUCACGUUGGUGCAAGUUGUUAACGUGGUGAAGCGUGUGGACCAUGCCAAAGGAAUCCGCUACCUCCUGGAGCUGCUGCUGAAGGACAUGAAGGGCCAAAUGCUGCGUCUGUCACAAUACGUCUACGCUAUGACUAGCCAACCUGAGCCGGUGCUGUGUAACCCAGUGGCCUUCAGCUGGAAUCCUCUUGCCACCGUCCACAUCAUAGUUCCAGUGAAAAACCAGGCUCGGUGGGUGCACAAGCUGAUUACUGAAAUGGAGAAAGUGUUCAGAGAAUCUGGAGACACCAACUUCAACCUCAUUGUCACUGACUACGACAGCUCUGACAUGGACGUGGAGAAGGCUCUAAAGAAGUCGUCACUCCACAGGUACCAGUAUCUGAAGCUGAGAGGAAACUUCCAGCGCUCUGCUGGUCUGCAAGCAGGAAUUGACCUUAUAAAAGAUCAACACAGCAUAGUGUUUCUUUGUGACCUCCACCUCCAAUUCCCUACCUCCAUAAUCGACAGCAUCAGGAAACACUCUGUGGAGGGACACAUGGCCUUUGCUCCCAUAGUCUUGAGACUGGACUGUGGGUCAUCACCACUGGAGGCCAGAGGUUUCUGGGAGGUGCAAGGCUUCGGCCUGCUUGGAAUCUAUAAGUCUGAUCUGGAUGCAGUGGGAGGAAUGAACACCAGAGAAUUUACAGACCGCUGGGGAGGGGAAGACUGGGAGCUACUCGAUAGGAUCAUUAAGUCAAAACUGGAAGUGGAUAGGAUCUACUUGAGGAACUUCUUCCACUACUUUCACUCCAAACGUGGCAUGUGGAGCGAGCAGCUUUAG